CCUAGAGAGAGCAAUCCAUUCUCUCGACAUCGCGAAAAAUGCAGCCGAAGUGACGAGAGAGAGAGAGAAAUAUAUAUUAGGGUUACUACGUCUCUUUCACUCUGCAUUUGAUGACUGAGAGAAAAUGUAUCGAGCAAACAAGAGUGGAGCUGGAGAACCAGAUUGACAUGUAUGUCCACUGUAUGUAUGUAGAACUACAUUUCAGUGAAAGCAACACAUACCUCUUUUUCUCACUUCUCCGCUGCACUUUCUGUACACGCGAAGCUACCUCCAGCCGCUCUAAAAGCAACAGUCAUGGCACGCCGUAAGACGAUCAAUGCAGUUAGAAUGGACGAAUCAUUCCCGUUACCUGCAGUCUCAUCUCCGCUGCGACGAAGGUCACUCGCAGCUUCAGAAUUCUCUAAUACACCGAAGCCCUUCACUCAAAAUGACGACGAGAGUGAAAGAUUGGCUCGUCGUGCGGUUCCUGUGUCGAUGGACAGCUCGUCGCAGAUCGAUUACUCUGAAAGACGUGCUUCUAUAGGACUUGGCUCAGGGAUCGGGGAGUUGUCAACGAAUGCACUGAUGGAUCAUUAUAACCAGUGUAUAAAAUUAUGCGCAGAGAACAAAAUCACGACGAAAAAUGCUUUUACUCUUUCUGUCAUCGACCUUAUGACUGUGCUCAAUAAGCGAGAUAUAAAUUCAAACAACAUGCAGGGUGCUGGCACAACCCUGGAUGUCAGUACAAAGAUAUAUGGGGUUAGAGUAGAUUGUGUUCACACAGACGUUUUUAAGAUGGCAGGCGAUCCUGGCAAACAGAAUAAGGGCGAGGAGCAGAAUCAGGGGGUAAACGACGCCAAUGCCAGUACCGUUCAGGAGCCUGAAUCUAAGAGAAAGAAAAAACCUCGCUCUCAGAAGAUCCUCUGUUCAUUGGAAAGUCUCGAAGGCACCCCUGAAACUAUUAAUCUGUGCUCGACUACUAACACCAGCGAUUCUCAGACCACAGACAUGCUCUUUCAAGUCACAUUUCCCAUUCAUGCUACUAGUGGGCACAGAUUGCACCUGCAAGAAGAUGUUAUACUUGAAUUUGCCGCUAAGAAAAAAGCUGGGCCUGACACUGUCUAUACAGGUAUUAACGUUUUGGAUAUCGAAGAUUUGGCCGACUCGAAUAUGUGUCCAAUAUUAGCUGAUUUUCACAUUCUUGGUUGGUCUGAGACUGAUAUACCUGAUUCCCCACCUCCUGCAUUCGGUCAGGAAGACAACAACUUGAGAUUCGAUUUGAAUGCAUCUGUAGGUGACCUCUGUGACAAUGAAAAUGUGGGAAUGAAUUACUUUGAUCUGGACGAGGCUAGUCAGGAGAAUAUUGAUCGCUGUACAAGGAAGCCUGAGCAUGUUGAACACAUCGUAGAUUUCAGCCAAGCGGUCUCAACCACAAACACAAACAAGAGUAACACUUUGGAGUACUCAUACUUGCAAAAGAGCGUUCACAACUUGCAUUGGGCAGGCCCGAUUCAUUGGAAACCAAAGAUAUUCUCUGGCAGAGUUGUUGGAGCUUGCGGUCAGGAGGCAGUCAGAAAAAAAAAGGAGGUGAAUUUGAAGUUCACAGUCAAAGCGUCGGAAGAUAAUGUUGAGAAACUAGAAGGUAAAAUUUCCCACAGACUUCAAACCAAAACCAUGAGGCAGACCUGGCAGGAUGAUAAACUCACUUUACCGGAGGAUAUUCAUUACGAGAGCACUAAUCCUACCAAGUUUUAUUAUCAUUCGUCAAUGAUUAAGCAACUACUCCCACUGGACAAACCUAACGGCGAAGCUGCGGGAGAGGAGGGCAAUCUUGAUGCUACAGUACUCGACGAUGACGUGGACUAUGAUUAUGACAAUCAAAACGAUACUCAGAAUUAUUGCUCACAGAAUGAUGAUGGGGGCAGAGGGGAUGCCAACUGUAACAGCAGUCCGGAUAUGUUUCACGAUGAAGACGGAGACCCACAUCCUGACGGGGAAUUAUGCACUCAGGCAUUGACCGGCGAGAAUCUUGUCAUUGCUCCAAAAUCAACCACUCAAGUUCAAAUCAAUUAUUCGACUCGUGCCAAAAAGAUAAACAUGCGCCAAUUGAAGAACAGUAUUUGGAAGACGUUGUCGCAUAAAAAUACCUUGUACGAGAAUGGCAAUGGUGACACGAACGAAGAGGCAUCAAAAUUGAAAGACGAGCGUAGCUUUGGCAGUGUUUACAAAAUAUUACCAAACACCUUGGGCAAGGAUAACGCUGCAGCUCUUAGCCCUGCUCUAGCUUUCGUAUCUCUUCUUCAUUUGGCCAAUGAGAAAACACUUUGUAUCACUACUACUCCGGAUAUGUCAGAUCUCAAAAUAUCUCAGGGUUAACAGAGCGAUUGCAAUAUUCGUAAUCAUCUUUUUAUCCAUGUGCAUUCGCACAUUAAUAUAAAUAAAUACUUUAUAAUAUUUUCUUUUUGUA